UCCAAGUGGUUGAUUUUUUAGGGAAUGACUAUAUGCUCUAUAUUAUACCUGCAGAUCAUCACAGCAGCCGAAGUUGCGGUGCAGAGGGAGGAGAUCCUUCAAGCAUCAGGCCUCAUCUCGUCACAGAGGGAGGGGAUCCUCCAAACAGACAGUGUCCCUGUACAGAGGGAGUGGAUUCUCUCAGCAGCUAGCAUCCUCCGAACAUCAGGCCUCAUCCCUGUAAAGAGGGAGGGUACCCUCCAAACAGCCAGUGUCCCUGUACAGAGGGAGGGGGUUCUCUCAGCAGCUAGCAUCACUGCGCAGAGGGAGGAGAUCCUCCGAGCGUCAGGCCUCAUCCCUGAAGAGAGGGAGGACAUCCUCCUCACAGACAGUGUCUCUGCACAGAGGGAGGGGAUUCUUCCAACAACUACUGUCACUGUGCGAAAGGAGAAGAUCCUCAGAGCAUCAGGCCUCAUCAAUGCACAAAAGGAGUUGAUCCUCCUGAAGGCCAGCGUCCCUGCACACAGGGAGUGGAUCGUCCCAAAGGCUAGUGUCCCUGCAGAGAGGGAGGAGAUCUUCCUCACAACCACUCUGAAGAGUGGACACAAUCAUCCACAACCACCUCCCAUCAUCCCCAUGGUGGCACCACUGUGGAAAUGGGAUGGUGGAGCAUGUACUCCACCUGUGGAUUUCUAUUCCAAGAGAAGAGAUGUCCAACUUAGAUAUGUUGAGCAUCUUGCUAUGAUGUCCAUCACCAAGCCGGAACACUCCGAGGCCAACCCUCAGUGCCAGACUGGCAGCCGGCCGGUGGCUGAGCCCGAGACCCCUGCCGUUCACAAUAACAGUGGAGGCUGGCUCAGCUGGGUCUUUGGGAGUGGAAGAGUUAAUAAGGAGGAGGUUCAUCUACCUGAGGACAAAGACAGAUCUAUUGUCUCGGAUCCAACUCUGCACAGAUGGGUUAACAAAACUGAGCCCAAGGCUGAGGUACACACUUAAAUUCAAUGAAAUUAAAAACAGUGAACAACCAUUGUAUUUUAACUGUGAUAAUAUUACUAACAAUUUGGAAAAUGUGUUGAUGUUUUUUACAGAACAAGUGUGUACCACCACCUCCACCGAUGGGGACAUAUGGAUAUCAGGGGAACACUGGCAGUGUCCCCAAAGGAGUGAAUCCUUACUCUA